CCCCGGGGAUCGCGGGGUGUGUGCUCUGCAAGGCUCCUGUGGAAGCUGGAGGACAAAGAACUGAGUAAGCCGUGGCCGGAGGGUGAAACGCAUCUGUACUUGCAGCUUUGCAGCCGCUGCUGUGUGCCCGUGCUUGAAUUUUAAUUAAUCUUUAAUUAAAAUUUGACCCUAAUGAGGCCACAGCUGGAGCGGUGUGUUCAGGACUGGCUCGGCAGUAUAAGAAGGACAAGGAGCUACUGAAGAAGGGUGCAGCUGUGAAGAUGAUGAAGGGUUUGGAGCAUCUCUCUUAUAAGGAGAGACUGCAGGAGCUGGGCCUGGUUGCUCUGGAUAAGUCUGAGGGGUAUCCCAUUAAUGCAUGUAAAUGUCCCCGGGGGUGUCAGAGGAUGGUGCCAGCUUCUUUUUGUUGGUGCCCAGCUGUAGGAUGAGGAACAAAUGGCCAUAAACUAAAAUAAGUUUCAUCACAAUAUGACAGAGAACUCCUUUCUGUGGAGGGUGGCAGAGCACUGGAGCAGGUGCCCAGGGAGGGCCUGGAGUCCCUCUCUGGUCACUGCAGGGGCUGAUCUCAGUCGUGUCCCUUCACAGACCGACUUCAAGGCGGCCGAUGCGGACGUGAGCACGGACCAGGACAUCGAGAAGAACCUGGACAAGAUGAUGUCCGAGCGGGCUUUGCUGAAGGAGCGCUACCAGGAGGUGCUGGACAAACAGAGGCAGGUGGAGAAUCAGCUGCAGGUCCAGCUUAAGCAGCUCCAGCAGCGGAGGGAAGAGGAGAUGAAAAACCACCAGGAGAUCCUGAAAGCCAUUCAGGAUGUUACGAUCAAGCGAGAAGAGACUAAGAAAAAGAUGGAGAAAGAAAAGAAAGAAUUCCUGCAGAAAGAGCAGGAUCUCAAAGCUGAAAUUGAGAAACUCUGUGAGAAAGGCAGAAGGUUGCUGAAGGAGCAGGAGGAGAAGGAAAACAAGAUUGCCUCUCUGAUUGCAGAGCAGUCUGAUGAGAAGCAGCUGUGGGAGAUGGAGCUGGACAAGCUGAAGAACCAGCACAACGAAAUCAACAGGAACAUUCUUGAGGAGACAGAGCGGGCCUGGAAAGCAGAGAUCCUGUCCCUGGAGAGCCGCAAGGAGCUGCUGGUGCUGAAACUAGAAGAAGCAGAAAAAGAAGCAGAGCUACACCUCACCUACCUCAACUGUGCUUGCAGGUCUGCGCCGCCCACGCUGGAGACCAUGAGGCCAAAGCAGGAGUGGGAGAUGAGGCUGAACAGGAUACGUAUGACCAAGCAAAGUGUCCGAGAUCAGUUCAACGACCACAUCCAGAUGGUGAGGAAUGGCACGAAGCUGAGCAGCCUCCCCCAGAUCCCCACGCCGACGCUGCCUCCUCCGCCUUCGGAAACAGAUUUCAUGCUGACGGCAUUCCAGCCCAGCCCAUCCCUGACCCCCCGGCUCCCCUUCCCCAUCGGGCCUGUCCCCGUGCCCAUGGUGAUGCCCAGCGCCGACCCCCGGGCGCUCUCCUUCCCCCUGCUGAACCCCGCCAUGUCCAGGCCCAACCAGCCCUCCCCACCCCUGCCGCAGUCCCAGGGGAGGAGCAGCCCGGUGGUGGCGUCGCUCCUGGGCACGCACAGCCCCCACAUGCCCCCCUCCAUCCCCCCUCCGCCCGGCCUGGGCGUCAGCGUGGCCCCCGACUUCCACCGGCCCCAGCCGGCCGACAAGCUGGAGAAGCUGCUGGAGAAGCUGCUCACUCGCUUUCCACAGUGCAACAAGGCCCAGCUGACCAACAUCCUGCAGCAGAUCAAGACUGCCCGGAGGACCAUGGCCGGCCUGACCAUGGAGGAGCUGAACCAGCUGGUGGCAGCCAAGCUGGCAGAGCAGCAGGAGCGGGCAGCGGCUGGAGCUCAGCCUCUGGGCCGGAUCAGGGCCCCCAUGUUCUCUGCUCCCCUGCCUCAGAUCAGCACGCCCAUGUUCCUGCCCCCGGCCCAGGUCGCCUACCCAGGAGCAGCGUCACACACCCCAGCUGCCUGUAAGCUGUGUCUGAUGUGCCAGAAGCUCGUGCAGCCCGGUGACCUUCACCCCAUGGCCUGCUCACAUGUGCUGCACAAGGAGUGCAUCAAGUUCUGGGCACAAACCAACACGAAUGACACUUGCCCCUUUUGCCCAAGCCUCAAAUGACGGCUGCUGGGACAACGUGGGCCCCUGGGAGGAGUUGCUGUGAAUAGACAGGAUCAGUUCUAAGAUUUCUACAGUUCUAUAUUUAUACGAUCAUGUAUACACAUGUACAUUUUUAUUAUAUAGGUAAUGUGUGUAUAGAAAGUCUGUAAACAUACAAAUUCAUAAAUAAAGUGUGUAUAUUAUGCAGUGA